UAAAACGUGUCAACGUCAAAAUAGUAACCAAUUUGAGGUUAAGUUUGUGAUUUGUAGUCCAAAUUAAUGUUGUUUUUUAAUAACACAGAUAACAGUGCAUAUUUGUUUACUAUCGUGACUUAAUUACACGAACGAAUGGCACCUGCUAUUCCUGACAGGUGGAUACCAUACAAAGCCUGUGGCAGAGUCAUAGACGGCACCAGAAUAAUAUGUUUUAAAGUGCCGUUGAGGAAGACUGUUCAAACGGGAAAACCUGAAAUAAAGGAAAUAUGGGAUAUCAAAACGCUUUUAAAGAAAAUACCUAAAUUGGGUGCAGUAAUAGAUUUAACAAACACAUCACGGUAUUACGAUCCUAGGGAACUGCAAGCGGCGGGCAUUCUUCACAAGAAAAUUUUAAUGCCCGGUCGCAUAAUACCUCCGGAGAAGAAAGUACAAGAAUUUAUGGACACUAUGGACGAGUUUCUGGGAAAAGAUUGCGAGUUCCUAGUCGGCGUCCAUUGCACCCACGGCUUGAAUCGAACAGGCUACAUGGUCUGUAGAUAUAUGAGGGAUCGACUCAAUAUACUUGCGAAGGAUGCUGUCAAAAAAUUUGAAAAAGCGCGGGGUUACAAAAUCGAGAGAGAAAAUUACAUAGCAGAUCUAUUAGGUACUUUGGCGCCACCACCCGAUUUACGUAACGUCACGGAAUUAAAACCCAUAGAAGGUGUACGUAGUUAUGAUCAUAGAUCUUAUUGCUAUGCAAAUGCAAGUGACCGUCAAGUUAGUACCAGGGGCAAGUUUAAGAGGAAGAGUAAAAGGAAACAAAGUAGGAGUAGUGCAGAAGGAUCAGACGAUUGGGGAACAGAACGAUGUGAUAGCGGAACUACCAGCAGUAAAAAGGGCAGAAGAGAUUCGGAUGCGUCAUACGAUUUUAAAUAUGACUACUGACAUUAGGCAAUUUUGGUUUGUUUUACACGGAUGCAUAAAUAUUGUAAAACACAGUAUUUUUUUACCUUGUAUACAUAAAUUUCACUUUUACGAGUUUAAUCGCAUGAACAUCAUCAAAAAUAUUGAAGAUGUAUUGUGUGAUUUUGCCAGUCAGCUGUAUAUGCGUUUAUGUAUAUCUUGAGUAUUUAUUUACUAUUGUAAAAAUGAAAAAAAAAUACUGAUUCUCUCAUGU